UGACAGACAGUAAACAAAAUAGAAACAAAAAAGUGGAAAACAUUUCUGUUUUAAAUGGCUUUCUAACAUAAAAUAUUCAAAUUUGGAAGGCAUAUGAAUCGAAAAAGUAUGGAAUUGUGCCGACUGUGUCUCCGGCAUCAAAGUCGACACAUCAACAUUUUCAACAGCAAUGACCCGUUCAAAAAUGUUGUCGACCUGAUAGCUCAACACAUUGGUGAGGUCAGCCAAUUGGAUCCAUUGCCAAAGUAUGUGUGCGAAGUUUGCUGGACAACGAUCGACAAUUUCCACACAUUUCACCAAGAUGUACAAGCAGCGCAGACGAAAUAUUUAAGUGAAUUGGUGAAACAGGAACAGGACAACAAUUUCGUUGAGAUUCAAGAACACUCGGAUCAGGAUCAAGACAGUGAUUUCAUGGGCAGUGCCGAUAAUUUUGAACCUUUCUACAAUCCGACGAAAAUCGAACGUGUGGAAAUUGAUGUCAAACCGAGCGACAUUAUUGCCAGCGAUGAACCGUUGAAUGAGAACAUCAGAAGAACCAGAAAUGCUGCCAAGUCAGCGCUUGAAAAUAUUCGCACGAUGUCUUCAGAUCUUAGACUCUCUGAACGACAUCCGAACAAGUUCAUCUGUGACGUGUGUCAAGCGGUCAUUUCGUCGAAGCAAAAACUGAAGGACCAUUUACUGCGUCACGUUAAUGCAUCUUACGUUUGCCAAAUUUGCUCUCAAAGAUUCACGAACAAAAAAGCUGUACAAAAACACAACAAAGCCGAACAUAGUCAAGAAAUGCUGUCCAAACUGAAAGAUCAACAAGAACGAUUCGAAAAGCUGUCCACAUCGUUGACCGGAGACGAAUUGAAGCGGAUUUUAACUGAAAGCGUUGACUCGCACUGUGAAAUUUGUAACAACGACCAACAGACAAUAUCGUUACAACAAAUGAAGGACCACUACAAACAACAGCACGACACGGAUGAUGGUCACAUCAAGUGCUGUGGCGUAAAAAUGACAAUUGAUGCCGAAGUCAACGGUCACAUUUUCCGGCAUUUGCAUUCAGAUCGACUCAGAUGUGAAGCGUGCGGAAAGAUCAUCAGGGACAACAUUGAGAAAAUGCUUGCGCAUCUUCAGCGGCACAUCGAUGAACUGGAAAAGAAUCCGUUCAAGUGCAAAGACUGCAACAAAGGUUUCGCUCAAGAAGUGUUUAUGGUCCUUCAUCGACGCUAUGUGCAUGGAAUCGCGGAUGAAAGCGAAGUGAAAGCAGCAAUAUUGACGGAUGUCUUCACCAUGAAAUGUGAUUUGUGUGCAAAUGUGUCCUUCACAUCACUGCCGAAUGCCAAGACCCACUACAUGACCGAACAUGGCAUCAAGGGCUAUCUGUUGUGCUGCGAUUCGAAAUUUAUGUCCGCCACAUCCAUUGAGGAUCAUUUCAAAUACCAUUUGGAUCCCAGUCAUUUCAAAUGUACAUACUGUGGCAAGUGUUUCGAUCGGAAAAUUACGCUGUCAGUGCAUAUGUCCAAGCACAAAGCGGUCGAGAGCAAGAAAUUCGUGUGCCAAGUUUGCGGCAAAGCAUUCCUCUCGAACUACAAACUGAAGGAUCACUUCAAUGUUCAUGAUAAGGCCAAUAGGAAAUCAUUCCAAUGCACGCAAUGCGACAAACGCUACUCAGCCAUCCAAUCGCUGGACUUUCAUGUGAAACUAAUUCACAACAAAGACUCCAACAUGAAACGAGUCAUCUGUGAGUACUGUGGCCGCGAUUUCGUAUCGAGAUCGGCGGUGAACAGUCACAUUCACACGGUCCAUCAAAUUGUGACAACGGCCAACGGUUCACGUAGUCUGACCGAACGGUACGAUUGUACCGUAUGCCACGCAUCUUUUAUCAAUAAAUACCGUUUGAAGAAGCACAUGGACACGAUUCACAUGGGAACGCCGGAAAAAUGUACGCUUUGCAGUAAAAUUGCACCGAAUGCAGCUGCAAUGGCUUGUCACAUGCGAAACGUGCACGUGGAAAGCAGUCACAAAUGCAAUCUGUGUAAUAAAUCGUUCAAGGCGGCCGUUGCAUUGAAGGAUCAUAUUGCGACCCACACCGGCGAGAAAUUGUAUAAAUGUUCUUUCUGUCCGGAGGCAUUCAUUUGGAGACCGAACAUGUAUUCUCAUCAGAAGAAAGCCCAUCCAAAGGAGUGGAAAAAGAGCCAAAAGAAAUCGAUUGCCAACGAUUCGACUUGAAAUAUUGACGCAAUUCUGUGGAUUAAUUGAAAAUCUUUAGCGAAUCAAUAAAAAAACGAAAGUAAAC